UCUUUUACAAAUCAGGCAUGUCCUAUUAAUUAGCUCCCAUCAGAAACCUCUCAGAAUGAUUUAAAUCAAAUUAAAUAGAGGGUUUGCUUUUUAAUUUACCCACUAAAAGUUCAAAAGGGAGACAUUUUAACACCCUGUUUCUGCCUCAACAACAUAUCUAGUCAUGUCCCAAUUUGCAAAACCCGACAUCAAAAACUUUGUAGUGUGGGACUAUGUUGUUUUUGCUGCCCUGCUGGUCGUUUCGGCUGGAAUCGGAGUCUUCUUUGCCAUCACCGAGAGGAAGAAAAAAACAUCUAGUGAGUUUUUGGUCGGAGGAAGACAGAUGACAUGUGGCCCCGUGGCCCUUUCACUGACAGCUAGUUUUAUGUCAGCAAUUACAGUCCUUGGAACCCCGUCAGAAGUUGUUCGUUUUGGAGCACACUACCUUUUUUUCAUCAUUUCCUAUACUUUUGUAAUUAUCUUCUCAGCAGAACUAUUCAUCCCUGUGUUCUACAGGUCUGGGAUUACUAGUACAUAUGAGUAUUUGGAAAUGCGAUUCAACAGAGCUGUCCGAUAUGCGGCAACAAUUAUGUACAUUGUGCAAACGAUACUUUACACUGGAGUGGUGGUAUAUGCUCCUGCUUUGGCACUCAACCAAGUGACUGGAUUUGAUCUUUGGGGAUCAGUAUUUGCUACUGGGAUUGUCUGCACUUUUUACUGCACUCUGGGGGGCUUGAAAGCUGUUGUAUGGACUGAUGCAUUCCAGAUGGUUGUGAUGAUAGUUGGAUUUUUAUCUGUAUUAAUUGAAGGAACGAUUCAAAAUGGGGGGCCUUCUAAGAUCUGGGAGACAGCCAUGAAUGGAUCCCGAGUAGAUAUUGCUAAUUUUGAUGUAGACCCAUUGAGAAGACACACGUUUUGGACCAUUGCUGUGGGAGGCACAUUUACAUGGCUGGGAAUCUAUGGUGUUAACCAGUCGACAGUACAAAGAUGUAUUUCCUGCAAGACUGAGAAGCAUGCUAAACUUGCACUCUAUCUGAACUUGCUUGGACUGUGGAUAAUAUUGGUGUGCGCUGUAUUCACUGGACUAAUCAUGUAUGCCCAUUUUGUGAGCUGUGACCCUUGGACUGCAGGCUUUAUAACAGCACCAGACCAGAUGAUGCCAUAUUUUGUAAUGAACAUAUUUGAAAAAAUGCCGGGGCUUCCUGGACUAUUUGUUGCAUGUGCCUUCAGUGGAACAUUAAGUACGGUGGCUGCCAGUAUCAAUGCUCUCGCUACUGUAACUUUUGAAGACAUCGUCAAGAACUUUUUCAAGAAUAUCUCUGAUAGGAAAAGUACUUGGAUCAGCAAGGGAUUAUGUGUUUUGUUUGGUAUUCUGUGCACUGUAAUGGCCGUUGUAGCAUCCUUUAUGGGUGGAGUUGUGCAGGCUGCUCUAAGUAUUCAUGGAAUGUGCGGGGGACCUAUGCUCGGCUUAUUUACGUUGGGCAUCAUAUUCCCAUGGACAAACUGGAAGGGGGCAUUAGGAGGUCUCAUGAUCGGAUUCACCAUGUCUUUUUGGGUUGGUAUUGGAGGAUUCAUUUUCCCUGCCCCAGUAUCUAAAACGAUCCCACUUCUAUUGAGAACCGAUGGGUGCCUGCUAGCCAACAUGACUGUUAAUGCAACAGAGACAAUUUCAACAACAAUUGCUUCAGUACUGGCCACCACUCCACCUCCGGCAAGGUCAUUGUUAGCAGAUAACUGGUACAGCUUGUCCUAUCUGUACUACAGUGCUGUUGGAUGCCUAGCAUGUAUUAUAUCUGGGCUGCUGAUUAGCUUUGUUACAGGUCAUGAACAUGGAAAGAAUAUUAAGCCCCUGUUGAUAAGGCCCGUCUGCAACCUUUUCUGUUUCUGGUCCGACAAAUACAAAACCAAAUGCUGGUGUGGCGUGGAGCAUGACAGAGAAGAAGAAGACUUUGACCUUAAAGAUAACCCUGAAAGCGACGUCAAGAUGACUGUGACGGAGAAAUCCAGCCAGAAUGGAUACGACAACAACUCCUGCAAGAAGCUUCCACCUGGUUAUAAUGAAGAAGAGAAGUCGUACACAAAUGUGAAUGAGGAAAAAAUCUCUUAUAUGUAGUGAUAGUGAAUAAAGCAUCGAAAACGAAUCCCCAACUGUUAUUCAGAUGGAGCAGACUCAUGGCACACCAGUCAUUUACAAUUCAGUUGGAAGAUAUCACCUCUGGAUUGGUUUCUGUGUGUGCAAUAUAAGCCUUCCUUCCUUUGUACGCCUGUUGGGUCUGUACGAAUUGUAACUAGGAACUGUAUAGUAUUUAUCCAUUUUUAUGUUAUCUUGGAAUCAGCUCGUAUGUCAGCGAUUAUGAAGAGAAAGUCACCCAUGCAAUAACUGUAUUGGGCACAGAAAAACAUGUAGAAAAUACCCAUUUUUUUAAAAAAAUUACAAAUUGGAUAUUACUGGACUGAAGCAUUAUAACAAUAUUUGAUGUCAUGUAACUGUAAGGGGGUUAUUUAUUAAAGUCUGAAUUCAAGUUUUUUUAACUAUAAAAUCCAAAUUAUUAGUGGGAGAUUUAUUAUACCCCGAGGAUGGAAAAAGUCUGGAUCCAAAAAUCCAGCAUCUAAGACCUGCCGAGGUUGUAUAUAACUCAAUGGGAGAGGUCCCUAUGCUAUUUGGAAGUUGCUAUGGUCUGUUAGCCUGAUAAUAAGACUAUAUUGUACUUUUCGGGCAAAAAUCCCAACAAUUCUGGGAUUUCGGGAAAAAGCCAGAAAAAAAUUGAGCUAUUUGGGAAAAAACUCGUACGAUCCGGAUUUUCGCUACAUUUUUCCGUGUUUGUCCCCGAUCUGAUUAAAUUGUGAUUUUUUUUUUUAAUAAUAAAUAAGGUCCAAUCGGGGAUUCGCGUUUGGUCUGACUUUGUUCUUCAAAAUAAUCAGAAAAAUUCGGACUUUGAUAAAUAAGGCCCUCAAUGAAUGAUGUUUUUGUUGUAUUAUUUUGCCUGAUUUAAAAAAAAUAAAGAGAUAUUAGUUUAUUUAAAGUGGUA